AUGACACUUGAACUAAAACAUUUUGGCGUCAUCAUCGUUAUGCUUUUUAAAAACGUGAGGACUUUAUUGAACAGAACUAACUCUCUAGCAUUAAACAGACAAACUAAAUGUAUCGCUAAUCUUGACAGACGCCAAACUUUGCUUCCAAAGCAACGAGCUCAUUUUUCAUUAUUUGCUGAUCCUUCAAAAUUAGCCCUUUUCAGACUUUCUCACGCGACUAUAAAACCUUCUAUCGCUAUCGCUUCUUUCGCGAGUAUGGCAAACGUUGGAUUCGAUAAUUCACCGUUUUGGAUUGCGAAAACGCCAAAAGAACGCGAUAACCCUGUACUGAACUGGGACAGGUUUCCCAACUUUGCGGCGAUAACUCCAGAAAAUAUACUUUCUGCCAUGGAAAUACUCUUGCCACGAGUAGAAAAAGAGUUUUUGGAACGAGAAGCGAGUUUCACGCCGAGUUGGGAAGGAACUAUUGGGUUAGUGCAAGAGAUUGAGGAUGAUUUUGAACGCGCAGUAAAUAUUCCUAUGCAUUUGAAAAAUGUUAAAGAAUCUAAGGAACUUCGGGAAGUUAUUGAAAAAAUACAGCCCAAAAUCACGAAGCUUACUCUUCGAAUGAACCAAUCUUAUAAAUUAUACAAAGCUUUGACAGAACUCGCGAAUAAUCCAGAAAGUUUUGCCGCCCUGUUGCCAGCGCAACAAAGGAUUGUGCAGCUAAAUAUUCAACAAAUGCAACUUGCUGGUGUAGGACUUGUCGAUGGCUCACCAGAGAAAAUUCGGUUUAACGAAAUUAGUAAUAGACUAUCAGUACUUGGAUUAAAGUUCUCGGAUAAUGUUUUGGAUGCGACUAAAGCUUUCGCAGAAAUUGUGAAAGAUCGAGAGACACUUCGUGGAUGUCCUGAUCAAUUGUUGAAACUUAUGGCUAAUUCUGCUAAAGAUAAAGGGUUUGGUGACGGAGAUCCAGAACAGGGCCCUUGGGCCAUAACAUUCGAUGAACCUUGUAUUUAUCCAUUCUUGAAGUUUUGCGCGAAUCGUUCACUGCGUGAAAAAAUAUUUCGUGCUUUCAAUACCCGUGCUUCUAACAAUGAACCCAUAAUUAACGAGAUAUUAAAGCUUCGAAAUGAGGAGGCGUCGCUUCUAGACUUUCCACAUUUCGCAGCUUUAUCGCUUUCGCACAAGAUGGCCGGUACACUAGAAUCUGCUAAUAAGCUUAUCCAGGAUAUCUUUGAAGCUGCGAUACCUGCCGCCAAGCGCGACUUCGAGAACCUUACGCUCUUUGCCAAAAAUCAACUUGAGCUAAACUUGCCAAUUCAACCAUGGGACACGCACUAUCUGGCCGAGGAAUAUCGAAAACACCUGUUCAAGUAUUCUGAUGCCGAAAUAUCCAAAUAUUUUACAUUUCAAAAAGUGAUCAAUGGAUUGUUUGAAUUGACGGAAGAACUUCUGGGUGUUCGUGUACAGGAAGUUGAUCAGGAAAAAGAGGGAUUCACGACUUGGCACAAAGAUGUUAAGGUGUACAAGAUGUUAGAUAAGUCUACUGAGGCACCAUUGGCUUACUUUUAUGGAGAUUUCUAUAGUCGUCCGGGAGAAAAAAAAGGAGGUGCGUGGGUGGCUAUUUGUGCUACCCGAAGCAAGGAUUUCAAAACAGGCCAAGUACGAUUCCCAGUUGGAUAUAUGAAUUGCAAUGCCCCACCACCUUCAGUAAAUUCCACUAAUCCAUCUACAAUGACUUUUCGGGAUGUACAAACGAUAUUCCACGAGUUUGGGCAUGGUUUACAACAUUCUCUGACCACAGUGGACUUUCCGCAAGUAUCUGGGAUUCAUGGUAUUGAAUGGGAUUUCGUAGAGGUCGCUUCACAAUUCAUGGAAAACUUUGUUUACGAGCCUGAGAUAAUUUCGCGAUUAUCGGCGCAUGUCGAGACUGGAAAACCAAUGCCCGAAGAUAUGAUCAAUUCACUAGUGAAGGAUCGUCAAUACCUCGCGGGAUUGACGACGACACGACAACUUCAUUUCGCCCAAGUGGAUUUAACCCUCCACUCAAAUUUCACACCGCCUGAACCUACUGCAGUGAAUGCAAAUCAGAAAACUGUUUUUGAUCUCUAUAAAGAAUUGGCGCAACGAAUGCUGGUUAUUCCCGUGUUGCCAGAAGACCGAUUCUUGUGUAGUUUCCUACAUAUUUUUAGCGGAAUGUAUUCUGAUGGCUAUAGUGCAGGAUAUUACAGUUAUAAAUGGUCAGAAGUUUAUUCGGCGGACGCAUACGCUGCUUUUGAGGAAGCGGUUGAGAAUCUGCCGCCUGAAGAAAAGAAGGCCAAAUUGGCGGAAGUUGGUCGUCAUUAUCGUGAAACUUUAUUAUCUUUGGGAGGAGCCAUUAAUCCACGACAAGUAUGGAAAUUAUUCCGUGGUCGGGAAGAAGUGGAUAUUAAACCAUUGUUAAGACAUGCUG